AUGGCCAAGGGGACUUCCCAACAGCGAGAUGCACUAGAGGCAUCAAGGAAGAGAGGUCAGAACACACAGAGGGCCUCCUUCUCUUUCAGCUUUUUAAUUGCCCUCUCUCCUUACACAGUAGAUUAUUGUCUUUCUUACAAACUGUUCAAGAUGCGGUGGCAUGGGCAUGGGCUGGCUACGCAAUGA